GAGUAAGGCAUUUUCCCAGUCACGGGCUCAGAAAAGCAGUAUGCAGUCUAAAGGUGUGUGUGUGUGUCAGUCAGGGAUAAGCGGAGUUUGCUUUAGUUGGGGGCAGCCAAAGGAAAAGCUGCAGAGCGAACCGUGACCGUCAGCCAGCUGCCAUUAAACCGACCCACAUCUCCACGGAACCAAAACCACGAUGAACUCCCAGCUCUGUCCCGACUCCCUCUGGGUCCCACUGCUCAGCCUGCUGCUCCUCUACAUCCCUGCAGCACAUGCAGCUAAAUGUCCACAGCAGUGCAUCUGUGACCAGAUCCAGCUCACUGUGACCUGUGUCAACAAGAACCUGACCCAGGUUCCUCCAACUGUUGAUGAGAUCACUGUGAAGUUGGAUCUUCGAGGUAAUGAUAUCCAGGAACUUCCAAGCGGUGCUUUCAAACACACUCCCUAUCUGACUCACCUGUCACUGCAGCGCUGUAACGUCCGCAGGGUGAAGGAAGGGGCUUUCCGUGGCCUCGGCCGCCUUGUCUUCCUCAACCUGGCCAACAACAACAUUGAGAUCCUCUACCAGGAGUCAUUUGAUGGUCUGUCCUCACUGAAGCAGCUUCUGGUCGACCAUAACCGUGUUGAAGAGAUCCAGCCUGGCGCUUUCUCUCAGCUGGGCUUCCUCAAUCUGCUCUCCCUUACACACAACCAGUUGGUUUACAUCCCCAACAUGGCCUUCCAGGGUUUACAAAAUAUCAAAUGGCUUCGCCUGAGUCACAACUCUCUGAACUACCUGGACACUGAGGCCUUUGCUGGUCUGUUCACGCUCACCCGUCUCAGUCUGGACCACAAUGAGCUGCAGUUCUUCCCCACUGAGACCAUGACCAGACUGCCUGAGGUGACACGUCUAUAUCUGAGCUAUAACCCCAUGACUUAUCUGGGAGAGGAGGUGGUGUCUAUGGCCAAGCUCACCCACCUCUUCCUGGACCACAUGUCCUUGCAGGACCUGGCUAACACAGCUGUAUCAAAAUCCCCCAGCCUCACGCACCUGGACAUUAGUCACAACCAGCUGCGAGUCAUCCAACCCUUCUCUGAAGGUUCACCCAAGCUGGCACGCCUCAGUCUGGCUGGGAACCCCAUUUACUGCAACUGCUACAUGCGUCCACUCAGGGAGUGGGCAAUUCGUAGCAAGGUGAAGCUAAUAGGGACAUGUGGAGGACCAGCCCAUCUCUCUGAAGAAAACCUGGAGGCCGUCCAUCCUGCAGAGCUGCGCUGUCAAAGCCAGGAGGCCAUGCUGAAAGCCAAGUUUGAGGAGGCAACCCGGAUCAUGCCACCGCCCACCGAAGGGCCACAGAGCAAGGCCAAGUGUCCUGCCAAUUGCAUCUGCGAGGCCGAGACACACCACUCCUCAUGUGAGAACCGUGGUCACACCAAAGUCCCUCGGGGUUUCUCUCCCAACACACGGCUCCUCGAUCUACGCGGCAACCACUUCCACUACAUCCCUAGCAAUAGCUUCCCGGGUGUCAACCAGGUUGUGUCACUACACCUGCAGCGCUGCAAAAUUGUGGAGGUCGAGGGUGGGGCUUUCAGCGGGAUGAAGGGGCUGAUCUACCUGUACCUGUCAGAAAAUGACCUUAUGUCCCUCAGCCCUGACACCUUUAAAGGUCUGCCUCAGCUGACUUACCUCCACCUGGAGAAGAACCGCUUCACCAGCUUCCCCAGAGGAGCCUUCAAUCUGGUUCCCAGCCUACUGGCACUUCACCUGGAGAACAACACCAUCACCAAACUGGGGCCAGCCAUCUUGACUGGAGCCAAAGGCCUCAGAGCUCUCUACCUCACUGGGAAUGGCAUUGAUCACAUAUCACCCAAGGCUCUGGACCACGCUAGUGAUCUUGACAUACUCCACCUGGGGGGAAACAAACUGAAAGAGGUGCCCACCGAAGCACUGAGCAAGGCAGGGAAGCUCAGAGACUUGAGGCUGUCAGGGAAUUCAAUUCGCUGGGUGGGGUCCAAUGCUUUCCAACCACUGCAAGGCUCACUGAAGGAGCUGUAUCUGGAUAAUAUGGGAUUGGAGAAGAUGUCGCAGAACUCCCUUGUAGGCCUGGGACCACUGUUGAGGAGUCUGUUUUUAGAGGGCAACCAGCUGGAGGAGGUGCCCAACCUCCACCCUCUCACUUCUUUGGAGGUCAUCAACCUGGCUGACAACCCUCUGAUGUGUGACUGCCCCCUGCUGCCACUACGCAUGUGGAUUGAGAAAGUCAACCUGAAGGUACGAGCCACUUGUGCCAAUCCCCCAGAGCUGAGGGGUCACAGGGUCAAGGAUGUCCACAUCUUCAAAGCUUGUCCCGGGGGUGAGAGCCUCCCCUCCACCCCCACAGUAAACCCAAAGCACUCCAAGGUGCCCAAAGCAACCAAACCCAAAUGGAUGCACCUCGACAGCCAUCAAGUCAAAAUGCUCAAAAUCAAAUCUAAACUUAACCCAAACACAAAACGGGGCACAGCAAAGAAAGCCACCAGGAGACGCAGCAGAGCUUGAGUCUGCUGUUCUGAGACCAAAUCUUCUAGUGAACUGGCAACUGUUGGAGAUUAAACAAGUGUGGAGGUCUUUUUGGAGUUUGAUGAAUAGGAGCAUGAGCAAGAUGUAGAGCAGAAACGCUUGGUCUUCUUCAAAAAGAAGGUUCACUCGUCUUCCUGCCAGAUGUUUGUCAUCACUUCCUCCAUAAUUGCCAUCAAACUGAAUGGGAGCCAUUUCAUUGUGUUUGG